AUGAUUAUUGAAGUGGGUGUCUCCUAUCUUGUUGGUUCGAAAGUGCGACAAUGGAACAAUAGACAAGAUUGGAAGGAUGAUUUAAUUGAAAGGGUUGAUAAAAUAUUAGGUGAAACUUAUCCUAGCCUUGAAAGUAUAACAAGUUUACUAGACGAGAUCAAUAAAUAUAACCCCAAAAAAAGAAGUGAAUUUGACGGUCUCUAUGAACUCGAAGAAUUACGGGAUGAAAAAAUAAAUGAAAUGAAUUCCAUAAGUUCAUCUCAGUUUUCAUUUUCUUCACAAGAACCAACAAUAAAUGAACAGAUUAGUUCCUUUAGAAGUGCUAUAAGAAGACAAGAACAAAUAUAUCAUGCUUGUUUAAGUAAUGGAAACACAGAAGGAAUGGAUAAGGCAAAUAAUAAAAUAAUGGAUUUAGAACGAGACAUUAUCAAUUUAGAACAUUUAUGA